CGGUGCCACUUCCUGUCCCGCCCACAUUGCGGUGUGGUUUCCUGGCGGUGGAACGCGAGACUCGAGCCAGCAAAAGCCGACGUUGUCCUAAACAACCCUAAAAAAAAGUUAACUUAACGGCGCGGACUCCACGACACUUUCAGCGAAAAGACAUGCAUAUCAAGACGGGUACAUGGGAAGCUAGCAACACCGUGUGCGAGUCCGAUUCCUUGUGCGACCCGGCAGUCCUCGUUUCAACCACCAGCUCGGAGCCGCACAUUCGAAACCGACGCCUGUCCCCCGGCUCUGGUAACUGUGGUGGUGGCGGUGGCGGCGGCUGCAUCGCCGGAGGGGACCAACAGACGCGGCAGCUCUUGCCCGACGCCACCCACGCGCACACCUUCAGUUUCCGCCGGGAAAAGGAGCGCAAGGGCCAGCCGCACAAGGGCCGCGGUCUCCGCCGGGAGAUCCAGAAGGGGCUGAACCGGCCCCCUAAGGCGCAGCAGAAAGAGAGGUGGGUGGAGGACAGUCUGUCGCUGCUCAAGCCCCCGCCCGCCUUCCCGGUGCAGGACAGCCCCGCCAAGCUGCAGCCGGCCGUCAGCUACGCCUCCAAGGUUAAGGCCAAAACCGCCGGCGGCAUUCUGGAGGAGGACCGCCCCGCCAUCGGCGUUCUGCUACAGAACCAAUGGGGUCUCAGCUUCAUCAGCGAGACCAGGCCUGCGCCAGAGGGCUCCAACCAUCCCGCCGUCGACUCCCCCCCACAUACGCCAGCGUCGGCAGCGCCGCCCUUAACCGACGCACUCGUCGCAGUGCCCAUUCCUGAAGAAACCCCCAGUCCCUUCGCUACCUCCGCCGCCCCGCCUUCACAUCCCGACGUGGACGUGAACAACGGGGAGCUGCUGCUUAGUUGUCGCCACCUUAUGGAGGCUUUGAACUUUCACAAUAGGGAAUGGAACGCAAUCUGCAACAAACAAAAAAAAGAUCCAACAAGGGUGGUGUGGUACAAGGACUUCCAGGAGCACCCAGCCUAGCAGCCAGAAAACCCCAAAAAGCGUGUACACACACACACCACACACCACACACCACACACACACACACACACUGCACUCAGGAUGUCUUCAUGCAA